GGGUGCGCGCCGCGGCGGCUCGGGGGAGAGUUGAGCACUUUUCCCCCCCCUCUUUUUUUUUUUUUUUUUCUUCUUCUUCUUCUUCUUUUUUUUUUUUUUUUUUCCUCCUCUUCUUAAACAAACCGCAAACGGAUGUGAGGGAAGGAAGGUGUUUCUUUUUUACUCCCGAGUCCAGACACCUCUCUGGGUUCCGUGCAAGCUUGUUUUUGCUGAACACUUUUUUUUUGUUUGUUUAAAAAAAAAAAAAAAGGAAAAAAGAAAAGAAAAGAAAAGAAAAGGAGUUGCUUGAUGUGAGAGUGCAAUGGACGUAAGGUUUUAUCCACCGCCAGCCCAGCCCGCCGCCUCUGCUCCCGACGCGCCCUGUCUGGGACCUUCUCCCUGCCUGGACCCCUACUAUUGCAACAAGUUUGACGGUGAGAACAUGUAUAUGAGCAUGACAGAGCCGAGCCAGGACUACGUGCCAGCCAGCCAGUCCUACCCUGGUCCGAGCCUGGAAAGUGAGGACUUCAACAUCCCUCCAAUCACUCCUCCUUCCCUCCCCGACCACUCGCUGGUGCACCUGAAUGAAGUUGAAACCGGCUACCACUCUCUGUGUCACCCGAUGAACCACAAUGGCCUGCUACCAUUUCACCCACAAAACAUGGACCUACCUGAAAUCACCGUGUCCAACAUGCUGGGACAGGACGCAGCACUGCUUACCAACUCCAUUUCCGUGAUGCAAGAUAUACGGAACCCAGAAGGAGCUCAGUAUGGCUCCCAUCCUCAGAUGGCAGCCAUGAGGCCCAGGGGCCAGCCUGCAGACAUCCGGCAGCAGCCGGGAAUGAUGCAGCAUGGCCAGCUGACCACCAUCAACCAGUCCCAGCUGAGCGCUCAGCUUGGGUUGAAUAUGGGUGGAAGCACUGUCCCCCACAACUCACCGUCUCCACCUGGAAGCAAGUCUGCAACUCCUUCCCCAUCCAGUUCAGUCCAUGAAGAUGAAGGCGAUGAGUCGUCUAAGAUCAAUGGCGGAGAGAAGCGGCCUGCCUCUGAUAUGGGGAAAAAGCCAAAAACCCCCAAAAAGAAGAAGAAGAAGGACCCGAAUGAGCCCCAGAAGCCGGUGUCUGCCUAUGCAUUGUUCUUUCGUGACACCCAGGCCGCCAUCAAGGGCCAAAAUCCAAAUGCGACCUUCGGUGAAGUCUCUAAAAUUGUGGCUUCAAUGUGGGAUGGUUUAGGAGAAGAGCAAAAACAGGUCUAUAAAAAGAAAACCGAGGCUGCAAAGAAAGAGUACCUGAAGCAACUAGCAGCAUACAGAGCCAGCCUUGUAUCCAAGAGCUACAGCGAACCUGUUGAUGUGAAGACCUCUCAGCCGCCUCAGCUGAUCAGUUCAAAGCCGUCAGUGUUCCACGGGCCCAGCCAGGCCCACUCAGCUCUGUACCUAAGUUCCCACUAUCACCAACAACCAGGGAUGAACCCUCACCUAACUGCCAUGCACCCCAGUCUCCCCAGGAGCAUAGCCCCCAAGCCGAACAACCAAAUGCCAGUGACUGUGUCUAUAGCGAACAUGGCCGUGUCCCCCCCUCCUCCCCUCCAAAUCAGCCCACCUCUUCACCAGCAUCUCAACAUGCAGCAGCACCAGCCACUCAGCAUGCAGCAGCCCCUUGGGAACCAGCUCCCCAUGCAGGUCCAGUCUGCCUUACACUCACCCACCAUGCAGCAGGGAUUUACCCUUCCGCCGGACUAUCAGACUAUAAUCAACCCUACAUCCACAGCUGCACAAGUGGUCACCCAAGCAAUGGAGUAUGUGCGUUCUGGGUGCAGAAACCCUGCCGCCCAGCCGGUGGACUGGAAUAACGACUACUGCAGUAGUGGGGGCAUGCAGCGGGACAAAGCGUUGUACCUUACCUGAGAAUCUGAACGCCUCUUCUGUCCACUGAGGAAUUCAGGGAAGUCUCCGCCGUGGAUUGCUUUGUACAGUCAAGGCAAUUCUCCAUUUUAGUAGAAAAAAAAAAAAGUACAAGUUGCUAAGCACUUAGGACCAUUUGAGCUUGUGGGUCAACCCCACUCUGGAAGACAUAGUCAUGCUUCUUUAUUAUUUUUUUAAUCCUUUAUGGACAUUGUUUUUCUUCUUCCCUGAAGGAAAUUUGGACCAUUCAGAUUUUAUGUUGUUGUUUUUUUUAUUUUAUUUUUUUGCUGUGAAGUGCUGCGCUAUAGUAACUGCCUUAGCAACUGUAGAUGUCUUGGAUAAAAGUCCUGGAUUUUCCAUUGGUUUUCAUAAUGGGUGUUUAUAUGAAACUACUAAAGACUUUUUAAAUGGCUUGAUGUAGCAGUCAUAGCAACUUUGUAAAUAGCAUCUAUGUCACACUCUCCUAGAGUAUAAAAUGUGAAUGUUUUUGUAGCUAAAUUGUAAUUUGAAACUGGCUCAUUCCAGUUUAUUGAUUUCACAAUAGGGGUUAAAUUGGCAAACAUUCAUAUUUUUACUUCAUUUUUAAAACAACUGACUAAUAGUUCUAUAUUUUCAAAAUAUUUGAGAAAAAAAAAACAACGUAUUCCCAAAUGAUUUUAAUUUAAAAACAAAUUGGCUUUGUCUCAUUGAUCAGACAAAAAAGAAGCUAGUGUUAAGGGAAGCGCAAACACAUUUAUUUUGUACUGCAGAAGAAUUGCUUUUUGUAUCACUUUUUGUGUAAUGGUUAGUAAAUGUCAUUUAAGUCCUUUUAUGUAUAAAAACUGCCAAAUGCUUACCUGGUAUUUUAUUAGAUGCACAAACAGAUUGGAAACAGCUAAAUUAUAACUCUUACAUAUGGCUCUGUAUUAUUGUUUCUCCAUACUGUGUCUGUAUUUAAUCUUUUUUAUGGAACCUGUUGCGCCUAUUUAUGAAAUAAUAAAUAUAGGUGUUUGUAAGUAAAUUUGUUAGUAUUUGAAAGAGGUUUCUUUGAUGUUUUAAAUUUUGCUGGCAAAAAAAAAAAAAAAUUCACGCUUGGUGUGAAUACUUUAUUAUUUAGUUUUUACGGUGACAUGAAAAAAAGCCAAAACUACUUUUCGUUUAGCAACAAGUCAAAGUAACUAAUCCUUAUUUUUACAUUUUGUUGGUUGAUGCAAAUGAAAAACUACGAUAUUUAAGAACUUUCUUUCUUUGUACAAAUUAAUGGAGAAAUUGCCCUACACGUCACACGAGCUUCAAGACCAAACGACAGGUACUUGAUCUGAAAGAGUUGACUCUUGGUUCUCAGCUGGUUAUGGUCAAUUCUGUAAAUUCCCCUCCUCCAAAAAGAAUUUAUAAAAAUUAAAGUCGAAUCAACCAAAAUUCCUCAAGCUGCAUGCUUUUCACAAAAUCCAGGGAAACAUUUAGGAAUUGAGCCAGGGGUGAGAGAAAGGGAGGGAAGGCAUACCGUCAAGAAUAUAUCUGAAAAUGAAAGGUGAGUAAUCAGACAGCAAAAAUAAAAAAGGGGGGGUGGGGGGGAGAGAAGGGAGUGGACAUCAAAUUUGAAAGCUACUGACAGAAAUUGAGGUUCUAACUGUCUUUUGUGCCUCUACAAGCUACUUGUCUUUCCAGAAUUCCUGGGUCUUCUGAAGGAAUUCUGAGGGUACUAGCGAUUUGCUAGAAAACCAAAAACAUUGAGAAUCUGGCUGAAGGUUUGCAGAGCUUUUAUAUCAGAAAGAGCUAGCAAAUCAGUCCCUUACAGGGGAUUGUGUUUUUAAAAGCCAGUCUGGUUGGAAAUCAAGAGGAUGGCUGAUGUUUCUUUCAUGAAAUGUGUGAACUAAACGAUUUAACUAAAUUCAAAUAUAUGCAUUGUGUAAUCCAGUCAGAGUUUUAAAAAAAAAAAAGACAAAAGGUAUGCUUGCUUUGGAAUGAUUUUAGGCAUUGUACAACCUUGAAUCACUUGAGCAUGUAAUAACUAAUAAAUAAUGCAGAUCCAGUGUGAUUAUUAAAAUGACUGUAGCUGAGAGCUCUAAUUUUCCUGUCUUGAGACUGUAUAAGAACUCAUGUGAUUAAGUUCACAGUUUAUUGUUUGUCUGUUUAGUAUUUCAGAAAUAUACCAGCACCACUAAUUA